AAUGACUCGCUUUGUGCCGCUGUGGUUUAUUAUACUGGUGGCUGCCUGUUCCUUGCUGGCAGAAUUCGAAAGCAGUAAGUAUCGCCUCUCAUCACCGCAUCGGAGCAGCUCUAACGACGAUCGUUCCUUGCAUGAGAAGUCGUGUGCUACUGCGGAUCCUGGGCCUCGGUCUAUGUGACCAGGGGAAAGUUCGAUGUCGAAAAUAUCAAUCCCGCACUGUGCACGCAGCUCGUCUACUCGUUCUACAACAUCAAACCAGACGGAACGAUUGUUAUUCCCAACGAAGGGACCUUCUCGGAGGCUACGAUCCUCAAGUUGAACGAUCUGAAGAAGACCAAUCCCGCCCUGAAAACGUUGGCCGCCAUCGGUGGCUAUAAUGCAGGCACCGAAAGCUUCUCCAAAGUAUCCAAAACCCCGGAGUUGCGUACCACAUUCGCCCGAAAUGCGGCAGCUUUUCUCAAAAAGUAUCGAUUCGACGGUAUGGACAUCGACUGCGAGUAUCCCGUCGCGGCUGAUAAAGCCAACUUUGUGCCGUUUCUAAAAGAGCUUUCGACCGCUUUCUCGCCGAGCAAGUAUCUGCUGACGGUGGCAGUUGGUGGUACCAGCUUCGAAGGCAACGAUUGGUACGACAUUCCGGCUAUAUCGAAAGUGAUUAUCUUCAUCAACCUAAUGACGUACGACAUGCAGGGGAAUUAUGGCGUCACUCGAUACUUAAGCAGGGACCGGCCGCACUGGACAAUACGGACUACAAGCAAGCGCUGAAUGCAGAAGCUGUGAUUGCCUAUUGGCAAAGUAAGGGUGCACCUGCAAACAAACUCAACAUGGGCAUUCCCUUCUACUGACGUUCCUUCAAGCUGGCCAACCCAAGCGUGGACGGUGUCGGUUCACCGGUCAGUGGUGUCGUGUUGUGUCCGCACAAAACAAACAUGAAGACGGUGGUGUACGGCACAAACAGAAUAUGUAUUUUAUCACUAUCUUUGGUAUAUGUUCAACUGUUUACAAUAAUAAAUAAUACCACACAAUAACACGCAAU